CGUCCAAUCGCACAUUUAAUUCUUCACGUAUCCCAAACAAAACGCAACACCGAGAAGGAGAGAAUCGUAAUCGAAUAUUUACUGUAUUCGUUAUUCAUCUUUCAUUUGUCAUUAUAAUAUUACAAUAUUACAGAACAUCGCAGACGGCGGUAACUUGAACGACUUGGACUCGCUAGCGCGUGGGAUCGUAGGUGUCGAUGAAUUUGCAGAAAAAAUUAUUCACGAAGCGUCCAGAUCAGUUCAAAAAAAAAUUAAACAAGUUCGAGGUGAUCUUGAAGCGGGAAUUGCGAUACAUUUCGUUGCAGCCAGUGCGCACGUGCAUACCGAUAGCGCAGCUGUAAGGAGAAAGAAAUUUUCGCAAAUAUGCGGCUCUGCAUUUCGAAAGCAGCAUGAACGUGAUACGAUCGACAUGUGAAAACGAAAAAUCCUCCGCCACGACGAAAGAUACUCUAACAUUUAGUGUUAUGUCUCGCUCACGGGAAUGGCCACGUACGAACGAAACGAAUACACACAAGGCGACGUGAAUCCCCAAACGGGUUGGAAUACGCAGCAGCCAGAACCACUGAACUCACAGCCACCAACGACAGAUCAACAAGAACUGCAGAAUCAGACAAGUCAGAAAAUAGAACAAGAAUUUUCCAAAAUGACAGAUCAACAAGAGCAGCAGUCACAGCCACAGCAGCAGCAACAGGUGCAGCAACAACAACAAAUGCAAAUCAAAAAUGAAGAACCAAGAACAAACUUGAUCAUCAAUUACCUUCCACAAAGUAUGACAGAGAAAGAUCUGUACAGUUUGUUUGUAACUAUUGGACCCGUGGAAUCUUGUCGUGUUAUGAAAGAUUAUAAAACAGGAUAUAGUUAUGGCUUUGGGUUUGUUAAUUAUGCAAAAGCUGAAGAUGCAGCUACAGCUAUAAGUACAUUAAACGGACUCCAAGUCCAGAACAAAAGGUUAAAAGUGUCUUUUGCGCGACCAUCCGGCGAAGAGAUUAAGGAAACUAAUCUUUAUGUAACAAAUUUGCCAAGAAAUAUAACUGAAAGUCAGAUUGAUGAUAUAUUUAGCAAAUAUGGAAAUAUUGUGCAAAAAAACAUUUUAAAAGAUAAACUCACUGGAUUACCAAGAGGUGUAGCAUUUGUGAGAUUCGACAAGCGGGAAGAAGCACAAGAAGCGAUCGCUCGGCUACACGGCACGAUACCAGAAGGUGGAUCAGAGCCACUUAGCGUAAAAAUCGCGGAGGAACACGGGAAACAGAAAGCGGCGUACUAUGCUGGAUGGCAGGCUGGUUACAACCAGAGUCGAGGAGAACGUCUGUACCCAACCAGGAAUAAAUACCAGCGUUAUGCGCAUUACCUUUAUUAAAAGAAGAACGCAAUUUCUUGUUUGGUACUCGUUGUUACCCUUGCAGUUAUGAUAUUACAAAUUUCUAUUUAUGUGAUGAGAUUGGCAUGAUUAAGUGCGCUUAAUACCAGCAUAAUUGUUACCAUGGUUAAUUGUAAUUCGAGAAACCUCGAUUCUUAGAGAUAAAAGAGACAAACCAACUGUUGCUUUUCGAUUCAGAAUUAAUUCCUUUUUUCUGUGUGAUCAUAGCUUCAUUCAACUUUGCUUUUGUAUUAUAUGAUAAGUUGUAAGGUCCAGCGUAAGGGUUUAAACCUGAUUUUGACUCAAAAAGCAGAACUGUUUGUAAUUCAAUAAACAACCACACAAUUUGCUCAACGAAUGUAAACAAGUACUUUGUAAUCUAUCAGACAACCAGUCUGUGGUUCGAAGGCUCUCCAAUGAAUUGGAGCUUUGCGAUACAGUUUUACUGCAGAGUGCAACUUGGCGCUUUGACCCCAAAUGUAGAAGAACAAUUAACCUUAAUAUUGUUUCAAGGAAAACUGCUCAAAAAGUUUAACAAAAGAUUUCUGUUGUUAAAAGUGAACACCAAUAUUUCCAAUAUCUUUGGGGUCAGUGUGUUGAGUGAGGAAAAAGAACGAAAGAAAGAAACAAAGGGAGAGUUUCUGAGUUUUACUUAGGUAGAACUACCCAGUUAUAUCCAGUUUUACAACUUACAACAGAUAGAGAAGUCCUUCCUUGCAAAGGUUGCACAAUUUUUACGACUGUCCGUUAAUUCUGUUCAUCAUGUUCACUGAUAUCGACAUCUCAGUGGAUUAUAUAGAUAGCGAAAGUGUGCUAUAGAGUAUAUUCAUCCUGUAUGAUAGAUCGUGAUUAUCCAUUCUUGUUGAACGAAUUCUAUCUCGUCUUCUAAAAUCGAUGGAUGAAAUAUGCCGAUGAGGAUUGCCUUCUGAAGGCAAUUUGAAUAGCAAACAAGCGCCUCUGACUUGAGAGGAAGCGUCAUUAUUUAGUGAUCAUUACGAAAACAGGAGUAUUUGAGAAAGGAAAAGAAAAAUGGCAAUCGUCCUUUUGGUCGAUCGUCAUUUUUUUCGAAAAUUAAAACAAGUUAAACGAUCUUCGCUGUUACUAACUUUCGUCCUUUUAAUGCUAAAUAUAUAUGAAUAUAUUAUAUGUAUAAACGAAUAUAUAUGUGUAUAUAUAUAUAUAUAUAUAUAUAUAUAUAUAUAUCACACGAAUCGAUCGAAACAAAAUGAUGACUUUCGAAUUAGCUAGAAUAUAUGAGAAACACACGUAUCUCCUACGACCUUGACAAUCGUUCCUUUUUUCUUAGUCGAUUUUUCGCGACUGUUCGAAGUAUAAUUAUGAUGUGGAUGCUUUCGAUAUGGUCCGUAUUGAUAUUACGAAUUAAUAGAUUUUAGUAGGAGGUACGAUCCACCUCGCUCGUAUAUUUAACCAUACGUUCAGGUGCUUAAGAUUAUGAUUAAGAACGGGAAUGCACAACUCUUUUUUCGCUUGAACCAUGAAAAUUUAUUUAAAUAAAGCAAUAUAUAUAUAUAUAUAUAUAUAUGUUUGACAAGAAUUGAAAUUGGAUUAGCAAUAAAUAAGCUGUUUACAAUUGAUGACCUAAUUUUGACCGAGUUGACUAACGUUCAGUUCCUUUUUUUCAGUUUUAUAUACAGUUACACAUUCAACUAUAAAUAUAUCCAACUAAUUCAAAUGUUUCAAUUGAUAAGAGGUGAUUCAAAAAUGUGGAAGGAAGUUGCGUUUCAAAUUUUGAGAAACGAGAGCGAAGACCUCUCGGGGUUGUGCGUUCCCAAUUGAGGAGGAUGUUGGAACUUAGAAAAUCGAAGUUCUGUAGGAAUUUAAUAUUGCGAAUGCGCCGGUAUUUGAGCCCUUUGCAAAACAAUAAUAAUGUCUGUUGUAAAAUUCCUAUCGCCGCGAGAUUCGAAUUGAGAGAAACGAGUAAUCGGAUAGAUCGAUCGCCGCGAUAGGGAUGCGAAAAAAAAGAAGAAAAACAAAAAAAGGAAAAAAAAAGCAUGAUGAAAAGCGAAAAUACUGGAUAAAUUAUUAACUGAGAAUUUAAUUAGUACUUAAGUUAGUACCGAGUUAAUGAGUAAGAUUUUCAACUAUUCCUUUAGAAUGUUCGUGUUGUGAAGUGAACUCGCGUUGCUCUUUCCAAGAUAAAAGUUUAUUCAGAGGUGAAUAAAAAAAAAAAAAAAAAAAAGAUUAAAUCAAAAUGAAGUUAUUUUACACAAAGCUAUGAAAACUCCCUUGGUGACGGUAUUUGAAAACGAUCAUUCCGUUAACGCAACAAUUACUGAGUAAGAGCAAUAAAAAAAAAACCGAUUAUGUUUGGUGGGAGAAAGAACGACGCGAGUCUUUCGGUGUAAAUAAAUCGAAAUUCUAAUUUUUAUCUUGUAACGUGUUAAGUAGUAAAUUGUAAGGUCUAACGGAUCGAAGAUUGUGCGAAAUGGUUAUAAUCCCGAAGUCCAGUAGUGCUAACGAUGGCUGUGAUAUGGAAUAAGGAAAUAACUAACGAGAGAAUGAACGAAAAAAAGAAACAAAAAAGAAGUGGAGUAUCCGGGAUAUACAACGGAUAGAAAACUUGCUUCUCUUUUCCUCGCUCUCUUGCUCUUCUCUUCUCUCUCAUUCUCUUCUUCAGUCACUACAAAAAUCACUACAAAAAUUCAUCAUUCAAUCGUUUACAUUAAAACCUUAAAGAAUUUUAAUUGCCUGAAGAUGUUCCUCGAAACAAAUCAAAUGUGGGAUUUCAAGUAAAAAUUUGGGGGAUGGGGGGCAUGUCGUGAAAAUUGAUCAUUUAUUUAGGAACAUUUGCACACAAUGAGAGCGAUGAAAUCGGGGAGACGCGAAGAGUUAAGUCUCGGUUGAAAAUGCCUGCGACAUUCCCAAUAAUACAUUCAUCGUAAUUUUUUUUCCUUUCUUCCGAAAUAUUUAAAGAAAAGAAGGGAAAAAAGUCGAAAAAAAAAAGAGACGAUUUUACGAUUAACAUUUUACUGUAAUGAAUUGAUCUCAUUUUAGCGAGAAACUAGACCCAAUUCUAGCGUAUAUAAAAAAAAAAAAAAAAAAAAAAAAAAAGAUCGACGUUUGCAAGAUGCAGAGUGAACCGGAAGUGGAACGAUCACCCGGAAGACAAAACGAUUUCUCUUCCAUUUGAAACUAAUUGUAAUUACGAAAUUGUGCUGUUUCUCUUCUCGCAAAUGCCCCUCGUUUCGAAACGAGGAAAACACGUGAUCAGCAACAUAACCUAAUUAAGUGUUAUCUUUUUGAUUUCCAGUUCACUCUGCUCGCCUGUAAAGAGACACGUGCAUACAUAAUACAUACAGGAGACGUUACAUUGAUAUAGUAGAGAGCUACGACUAUGUACAUGGUAUAUGGGUAGACUAAAAAAAAAAAAAAGAAAAAACCAAAAAAAAAAAAAAAACCGACAAUUGUUGUAUGAACAUUUCCAUUAAAAGAAACCAAGAAAAA